UAAUUAAUCAUCAUGAUAUUCUUCAUUAUUGUUUCCAUCGUUUCAAUGUUCUUCUUCAUGCUCACAAAAUGGACGACUUGUUCACACAAAAAGCACUUGCAACCGCUUCCCCCGGGGCCAAAACCCUUGCCUUUAAUCGGUAGCUUAAUCACCAUGCUUCGAAACAAGCCCGUGUUCCGAUGGAUUCAUAAAAUGAUGGAUGAAAUGAAGACCAAGGUCAUUUGCAUUCGCUUGGGUAAUGUACAUGUCAUAGCUGUUAGCGAUCCAAAGAUCGCUCUUGAGUUCAUGAAAGACAAACAUGGUGUCUUCUCGUCAAGGCCCGAUGUCAUGUCGAGUCAUGUUAUAUCCUGUGGUUAUUUGGGCACCAUUUUUGUUCCAAUGAGUGAUAAUUGGAAGAAUAUGAGGAGAAUUAUAUCCACUGAGGUUGCUUCAGUAGCUAGGCAUAAGUGGCUUGCGAACAAGAGAAACGAAGUAGCCGACAAUCUGCUUAGGUACAUAUACAGCAGAUGUGAGACCAAUGUCGUGGCUACUGGUGGCAUUGUUAACGUAAGGACCGCCGCGAUCCAAUACACUAGCAAUGUCUCAAGGAAGAUCAUGUUUGGGAGUAUGUAUUUCGGCAAAGGGAGUGAAGAUGGUGGACCCGGGGAGGAAGAAAUCGAGCAUGUUGAUUCGCUUCUCACGAUUCUUAGUCAUAUCUAUGCCUUUUGCGUGACCGAUUACAUCCCAUGUUUGCGGUGGAUUACUGAUUUUGAUGGGCACGAGAAGACCUUAAGGAAGGCCUUUCAUAACACAAGAAAGUAUCAAGAUCCUUUGAUUGAUGAGAGGAUCCAACAAUGGAAAAAUGGUGUGAGGAAAAAAGAAGAUGAUUUGCUUGAUGUUUUAAUCAACCUUGAUAACCCUCGACUAACCACAGAUCAGAUCAAAGUCCAAAUCCAUGAUCUUAUGAUAGCAACGAUUGAUAAUCCGUGGAAUAGUGUAGAAUGGGCAAUGGCGGAAAUGAUAAACCAACCAAGGAUCAUGGAUAAAGCAAUCCAAGAGCUUGAUUACGUUGUCGGAAAAGAUAGACUAGUACAAGAAUCUGAUCUACCCAACCUCAAUUAUAUCAAAGCAUGUGUGAAAGAGUCUUUCAGGUUACACCCGGUUGCACCUUUCAUCCCCGUUCACAUGACAACGAGAGACUCUAGUGUCGCUGGUUACUUCAUACCAAAGGGUAGCCAUGUGAUAGUGAGCCGUCUUGGGCUAGGCCGGAACCCUGAGGUAUGGAGUGACCCAUUGAAUUUCGAUCCAAACCGUCACAUGAAUGUAAAUAGCCAAGUGGUGCUAACCGAUCACAAUCUUCACUUGUUUUCGUUUGGCACCGGGCCACGUGGGUGCCCCGGGGUGUUGUUGGGGACAACCAUGUCCGUAAUGCUAUUAGCUAGGCUUGUACAAGGGUUCACUUGGAAAUGUCCACCCAAUGAACCACAUGUUGAUCUUAACGAAAACCUUCAUGAUAUAUGGAGAGCUAAGCCAUUGUUGGCCCUCGCCAAGCCUCGUCUGCCGCACCAUCUAUAUCCCACUUGCUAAAUAAAGUAUCUUUUGUUUGUAGUAAGUUUUACAGUAUACUUGUAUAUCUCAAAGUAAAGAGGCUGAUAUCAAAACUAUUUACAUUACUUCGUGUUAUAUGUUUUUCAUAUUUGUUUUCCAUCCGAAGGUCAUAUUGGAUUCACUAAUAUAUAAACUAAUGUUAUGUAAUAUAAUCAAUAAAUUUAUAGUUACUAUGUUUUGUAUA